AACAAGUACAGACUGUAGGCUGAAAAGCAUUAAUAUAUAUUUUCUAUCAGUUUCUACUUUCACUCAUGGGGCAGAUGAGUGUAAAGUUGUGCAAUUUGGACGCCAGUUUGGCCACCCCCUGGAUUUAUUUGGAAAAUUUGUUUGAUCGCAUGUUAUUUGAAGCUUGCCUUGAUUUGCCUUGAUUCGCUCUUGACUGAGCUCAGUCCCCAUUCCACGUUUCCACGUUUCCACGUUUCCACAUUGCCCGUUGCCCGUUUCUCGUGGCGUUCUCAGUGGGUGGGACACGCCGUUCGAUCCGCAGACGAUCCCGCAGCCACCACCGGCCCGUAGAGCCAGCCAUUCAUGAGGGCGUGGUUGGCUCGUUGGCGCACGCACUCGUUUGUCCGCUACGGGUUGCCGUUCCUAGUGUUGACGGUGGGCGGUUCGUUCGUGUUGUCCGAAUUCACGGACGUGCGAUUCCGCUAUCAGCGCUACCGAUUCGUGGAAAACGAGUUUGAGGCGAGCGGGCGGGUGCCCGGCGCCGCCCCCACCCUCGAGGACGAGUAUCGUGUCUAUCAGGCCGAGACCAAGAACCAGCCCGAUGAUUAUGAAAUGAUCCGCGGACCACGCCCUUGGGAAGCCGGCAACACUCAGAUCGCGCCCGCCCGACUCAUCGUCCGCUCCAUGCCCAACCCCGCCUCCGACUGA